CAAUCCUGAUUUUUUAAACAAGUGAGUAGAUAUCAACCGGAAAUAAGUUGUUUGUCUGCGUAAUUUGAAAGGACGUUGGUGGGCUUUCAACGCGAAUAGGCCAGUUUGUACUCCAGCUUAGUUAUUGCCAUCUAGGUAGGAAAAGAUGAUCUUGUCACAUUUGACGUCAGCACCGAAAGGAUAUCUCAUCUUCUCCGUGAUCUUGACUCUCAGAGUCCCUGAUGCAGUGGCUGCUUAUUGCCAUCCGAAAUUCCGCCAAAGUGUCCAGAUCCCCGCAGGGCACACACAUACAGCCUGCCUGGACAAGUCUCCAGUAGCAAGAUCGAGGGUACCCACAGAGGCGGAGAAGAAGGAAAUUGUGGACUUGCAUAAUCAGCUGAGAGCUCGAGUUCAGCCCCCUGCAACAAACAUGUUGAAAUUGUCCUGGGAUGAUGAACUUGCCAUGCUGGCACAGAAGUGGGCGGAGGCAUGCGACAAAGAGGAUGGCGAAUUACACCAUGACACCUACAGGAGUAUCCCAGGUCGUUUUUCGGUGGGUCAGAACCUAAUGAUGGGCGGCAAAAACUUUAAAGGAGGGAUCAAUGGGUGGUACAUUGAGCACAAGGACUACACGUAUGGCGAAAAGACAGGGCCCGCGGAGUUUGCCCGUGCUUUGAUUGGACACUACACACAGUUAGCAUGGGCCCGAACCUACAAGAUCGGAUGUGGUGCCGCGGAUUGUGAUGGUAGAAGUUUCUUCGUUUGCAACUACGGUCCAGCAUUGCAAACACUCUGAGUGUUAUGGUUCGUCAACCUUGAACACUGAGACAUGUGCCUGCGAAUGUAAAAAAUUUGAUUUUCUCGAAGCUCCUGACUGCCACGACCUAUCCCUACCCCUACCCCUACCCUUGGCCCUAACCCUAACCCAAACUUAUAUAAACUUUCUACUGCUAUUUCAUUACUCUUGGGGCCAAGACCGGAGACUGCCCCUUGAACUGCCAAAGUACUGCAAGACACUCCUCCACCCUCGCGGUUUUGAGGAAUCCGCGUAAUGUUACGGUACAGAAGUAUUGUUUUCUCUUUGUUUUGAACUUCAAUUCACGGUGGACGCGCCUUCUGGUCAUUGGACACCUUUUGAAGGCGCGCUGUUUUGGGCAAGCUCAAAUAAAAACAAAAACAAAAACAAACAAAAGCAUGAUAACUGAUUUAUUCAUACAUAUGUUCCUUUCAAUUGUCUCACCUUUAUCUGAAAUCUUUAAAAUGCAUACAAUGAAAUAUACAAAUUCGUGUGUUUGAUUUUAAUACCUUCGGCCAGCUGUUCAGGUGAACCAAACCCAGAAUUGUUUAUCUUUUUUUCUGCAGUUUCUUAAUCUGUGGUAUUGGUUACAUUCAUUCAACAAAUUUUCUGCCAAAAAAUCAAAUUCUGAGUAUUGAAGUAAUACGGAAAAAAGAAUUUAAUAAUGCAUGUACAGAUUGUUUAACGAAUUAUACAGUUGUUUUUUUCUCGCCUGAAAAAUUUUACUCUCUUUUCUUAUUACGCAUGAACACUUCGCUGACGAUGGUUGAAAUGAGCCUAAAUAUUGCAUUUGGUUUGCUGCCAUGCGCUGAUUGAACAUAUUAUUAUGUGCCCGGUACGUCCAUAAGGAGUCCACUUAACAAAAGAUAAGGGCCGAAUAAAACAACUUCUGCCUCAUGCAAUGAAAGCAUUUUCAGUAGUGAAAAGGCUCUGAAAGUGAAACAUGUUUUCUGGAGUUAUUAGAUCACCUGGGAAUCAAAUGAAUACGAAAUAAUCCUCAUUGCGCAACCUUGUUAAACACGCCACUUAAAAGCAGUGUUGUCAACAGGUCAGAUGUGAAGGAAAAACAAAGGGAAUGCAGAAUGAUAAUAUGGUUUAAGAGACGGCUGUUUUUUUUUCAGGCUUCUUUGGGUAGAAUAAUGUGAUUGAAUAUGUUCGGAGACAUAUGUAUUAUAUUACUUAGCUUAUGCUUGUAAAGUGUAGAGAACACAAAUUGUGAUAGGAAGCUACUUGCAAUAUGUUUAAAAUCGAAAUCGUGGUCCUGUCAAUAAGUUGCCUUUCAAAUUCAAAUGUUUCUUUGUUAAACGAUAAUCGAGGAUUGUCCGAAAAGUGCGAACUCGUAACGCAUAAUUAGCGAAAGCAGAUGUUUUGCUGGUACAUUUUGUUUAAAGCAGGAAACACGAAUUUUGAAUACGAGAAAGACGCCCACCGAUUUCGAAGUCAGAAAUCAACAUUAAGGGGCCAGACGAGUUUAUUCGAGAAGACAGGUGGCUGAAAUGUAGGUACCUUACUAUGGCUACUAUAAGCGUUUCAAAAUCCGUCAUUCCUGUCACCUGCCACCAUUGUCAAAUCCAUCCUUUGGUACCCUUCUUCCUGUGACAGAAGGCCGCCAUUUGUCCUGGUCUCUGCUCUGAUCUCUGCUCUGAUGAAUUACUGUGUAAAGUUGUAGACCACUGUCAGCUUUCACAGUGUUAAGUGUUAAUGCACGAUGUAGGAGUAGGAGGUCUUCCUUAUUAUUACAUCCUAUACUUUGCCCUGCAGCACUGCUGUCAUCUACGUUUGUGUUUUAUUAGCGUGACCUUGGUACUUGUCUCCUUUUGCUGACCUCGGAGAGCAC